UUUCUAUCAAGAUAUUAUCUGACGCUCUUCAUCUAUCACUACGAGCAGCGGCGAAGGAAGGCUUCGAUCAUCAUGAUAUGUCAAGGGAUCGGGUAUCUGAAUGCCUCUCCGGGGAGGAGAACUAUCACCCAAGCUUUGAUGCAAACGACGUAACUGUCACUGGCCAAACACAAUAGAUUUUGGGGGAAGCUUGAUGAUGAGAACUUUGCAUCGCACGGGAUCGUAUGCGUUUUUUUUACCCAGGGUGAAUGGGACCAUAAAAUGUUUAAACUUAUCCCCUUCUCUUACUCAGGAUCUUACUUUUGAUUUCCCCCCCUUCCUUCCAGCUUCCGCACCCUCGUCAUGCUGGAGCGAGAUAGUCAUUAAAAAAACCCCACGAUUUUCCAAUCCAUCGCCCAUCAAGCACGAUGGACUACAACCACCCUUACACUGGAGCAGCUGGGUACAUAUCUGCACGGGAAUCCGAAUACAGUGGCUACGGUUUUGAUAAUCACAUCGUCCCCCAUCGUCAAUCGAAGACUACCAACUUUGACUUUGACGGCACUAUACCGCCUAAUCAAUCUUAUUCCACUGGCAGCUACCAUCGUGCGCACAAAACCCCCCAAAUGCGACCAUCUGUAGAAAUCCCAGAAAGUCACAGACCAUCAGAAAGCUAUCUUAAUCUGAUGACACCGACGCCAGCUAAACUGCGCUGGUUACGAUUCCAGACUCAUUUCAACCGCGCAUUAAAAAGGCUGAAACGCUGUUUACAUGGCCUUUUGUAAUUAGUAAAGAACCCUACUACCCUCCCUUCCAUCAUCUGCUACCUUUGAACUUUCCACGG